UCUCUUCAAGAGGGUGAUCUUGUUAGGGUUCUGCGGAGUCAAAAACUCGUUGACCACUCCUGAAAAGAGGGAGAAAUGGCAAAGCAAGGUGCCAAGAAGCGCAAGGAAGAGAAUACUCGCCAUAUGGCCAAUCUCCGUCGCCUCAUCAUUGCCUGCAAUAUUAUAUACAUCUUGGUUAGGAUGCUGAUCUUCCAUUCCUCAUUCACAUGGAAACAUUGGGUUGGUCUACUUCUGACAUCUGUUGCUUUCUUUAUCCCCUAUCAACAACUUGCCCAGAUGGCAAAACCUGCCUAUGCUGAUGACGGAGAGCUUCUUGAUGGUGGAUUUGAUAUGAGUACUGGUGGAAUAUGUGGCUAUUUACAUGAUGUAAUCUACAUUACAAGUUUCGUGCAACUGACGUCCAUCAUCUCUGAAAAGUUUUGGUAUACAUUUUUGGUGAUACCAGCAUUUGGAGCAUAUAAAUCUUUUGGGUUCAUUAGAGGAUUUCUAUCACAAGGUUCAGAGGGAGAGGUGGAGGAUGAAAAGACUCGCAAGAAAAGGGAAAAGAUGGAGAAAAAGGCUUCAAGGCCAAAGUUUGUCAAGACUAGGAAUAGAUGAGUUUAACACCAAACAAAGCUCUUGGCUGAAAGUAGUUCACUUGAAAACUUGGAAGGUUGCUUUCAAAUUUUAGAAGUUAGAACACAAUUGGCAUAAAUUUGAGGAAAGCAUAUUGUAGUGGUUAAAGUGAACAUGUAAUUGUUCUAUUCUUGAUGAAAAGGAAAACUGGGAAAUAUUUAUCUCAUUUCCCUGCGUCUGUGUUUCAUUAAUAUACAUUUUUCUUGCAAUUUGUUGUAGAACCAGUGUUAGGAUAAUGAAGGAUGAGAAGACUGUUCUAAUUGAUGCCUUUGAACAUACAAUCUUGAUUGCAGCCUACUUAUAUGGGAAUCUAGCAAUGAAAAUUACUUCCUUUAUGUUUUGAUCUUAGACAUGCCAUUUUGAUAGGAUCGGAAAAACAAAUCCGGUAUGCAGAUUACAAAAUCAUGUUGAUCCUUGAGGAGAAAAAAGAAAUUUCUCCAAUUACUCAUAGCAUGUAGAAAUAGCACUGAGGCACUAAGGAAGCCAAUACCCUCAGGUUUUGUGUCAAGUUUAUAUAAAUCUGUAAGAUGUUGGGAUUUUGUCUUAUAAAAAAUAUUUUAUGAUUUGAAUGUAGUGUAAAUAUUUAUAUUUCAAAUUGAAUUAUAGAACACAAUUAAUGUAUGAUUCUCAUGAUUUCUCUUUAAGAUUAUGAUUUUUUUUUUCCACU